CAGGUACACGUCCGGUACAGGUUAUAUACCCAGGAAGGCCUGCAUUAGCUUUUGCAAGCCCGUGUCCUCCUAUUCGGCCGCAAGCCAUAAACAUAUUAAUAUACUGCUCGUCUGCUCCCUCUUGUCUAUAACAAGAGCCUUUAUCCUAUCAGCAGCUUGUGACUUGCGCCCAUAAGUGAAGCAGUGAGCCGUCAGGGGUAUUAAGGAGGCCAAACGACUCAGACACAGCGCUCUCCACGUCGACAUCUCACUCCGGCUAGGUCCUGGUCGGUUGCAAGGGCAUAGCUCAAAGCGUUCGUCGUCUUGACAACCAGCUCUAGUCGGUAUGGCUCUCCUUCAACAGUCGUUCACGGGCUCGCGGCUUGGCCGAUGCCAGGCCCAGACGGUACGCCCGCUUGGCAGCAGGCUUGGUCUCUCCCGGCCUCGUCUAUCAGUAGUCGCAGCGUCUACCCCGGAGCGUGAUGUCUCGACAAGGGUUGCCGAGGCGGCUGUGCCCAUCUCCACCGGCGCCAACGACAUCGAUGCUGACCGCUGGGCGGCCAUGUCAUACAACCAGCAGUAUGACGAGCUCAUGAAGAGCAAGCCGCUCAACACCAAGAAGGUCGUCCCCAAGCCCAGCAAGGAGGCCCAGGGCCAGAUCCCCGGCGCCGGCAAGGUCAUCCUCUCCGACGUCUACACCGUCCCGCGCCGCACCCUUUUCGGCCGCGAGCUGAACGCCAAGGACAUCACCUUCAUCUCCUUCAUCGGCGGCAUGCACCUUCUCGCCCUCGCUGCGCCCUUCACCUUCUCCUGGGACAUGGUUGCGCUCUUCCUGGGCUCCUACUUUGUGACCGGCUGCCUGGGCAUCACGCUGUCGUACCACCGCAUGCUCAGCCACAAGUCCUUCACCGCGCCCAAGUGGCUGGAGUACACCCUUGCCUACUGCGGUGUGCUGGCUGUGGAGGGUGACCCCCUGGAGUGGACCAGCAGCCACCGCUACCACCACCUGCACACCGACACGCCGCUGGACCCGCACUCGCCGUACGAGGGAUUCUUCCACAGCCACAUGGGCUGGCUGCUGGACAACGUGGCCACCAUGGAGCGCGUGUCCAACCGCACCAACGCGGACGACCUGGAGAGCCAGUGGUACUACCGCUGGCUGCGGGACACCUACGUCUGGCACGUGGCCGCCCAGCUGGGCCUGCUGUUCCUGGCCGGUGGCUUCCCGGCGCUGGUGUGGGGUGGUGCGCUGCGCAUGUGCUGGGUGUGGCACAUCACCUGGUUCGUCAACUCCGCCUCGCACUGCUGGGGGUACCAGAUCUACAACACCGGUGACCUGUCCCGCAACAACUGGUGGGUGGGCAUCCUGGCUUUCGGCGAGGGCUGGCAUAACAACCACCACGCCUUUGAGUUCAGCGCUCGUCACGGCUUCGAGUGGUGGCAGGUGGACAUGACCUGGUACAUCAUCUGGAGCCUGAACAAGCUGGGGCUCAUCAGCAACGUCAAGCUGCCCACGGAGAGGCAGAAGGCUCGCCUGCUUAUCAAGAAGGAUUAAGUGGUGAAUCCUGCGCGACGUGAGGACGUGCGAAUGAUGAAGUGAGGAAUGGAGUUUCGCGUGAAAAUGGGAACCCAUGUUUGUUGUGAAGAAUACUCGAUGGGUUGGCAUAACAGAAUGGUUGUUGAAGUCUGGCAGGGGAGGUGGUUUUGCAUCGGCACAUCAUUUUGUCAUUUUCCGGACAUAACGACCAACCAACUCCGCGGCUGUGGUGGGGUAUUACUGCAGGUCUGCUGGGUUGGGAAUGUGAGCAAGAAGUUACGCCGGUAUAGCAGGAGGCGGGUAUGUGACCCAUGGGUCUGCAGAUGCACUCGGGCGAGUGCAUUGGAUCCAAUGGAUUUCGCGAGGCGGUUUGAGGUGUGAGGCGGCAGCGCUUUGGAGGCCGCUGAGAGGCUUUUCGUUUGUUGUGCGAUUGUCCUUGUCCGUUGGCGAUUUCGGUGUUUGUGGCUGGUGGUGGUCCCCUUACUAUUAAUCCUAGGCUAGUAUAUCACGUUGUCUCUGUUGGUAGUAUUCUAACCGAUUUGGAGCUGCAGCAGCAGCAGCAGCAACGGCAGUGGCGCGGGGGUUGCUGUGCUGAGCAGUUAUACUGUGAUGUGCGUGGACAACGACAACAAGGAGGAACCGGCAAUCGCAGGGAGGAGCAGGGAAACUGGUAUCUGGCGCCGGCGGAAACGAGGUAGAGCAGUGCUUAUGGAAGUUACGUCGUGCAACGUACGCGGUUUGCAGGCGGUUUCUAGCUGUUGCCGCCACUGCUGUUGCGUCUGUGCUCGUGCAGCCGAUACGGUGUCGUGCUUUACACGUCUCGUUUCACACCGUUUCAUACGUCUGGAGCGGUUGUCAAGUGGGGCUGUGUUUUGCGCUGUUGUAGACGGGAAGGGGUAGAGAGCGUGUGAAGAAUGCCUUUACUAUCGGUGCAUGUUGUCGCCGGUUCGGCCAGGCGGUUCAUUCCCUUGCGCGGUCUCUCGGCCCCGAUUUUGAACACGUGCUUAUCAGCGAUGUGGCUCUUUUUGCCAUGUACGCUCUCGCCUUGAAGAAGUGGUUUGCACAGCAUUUCCGGUUUUCUUUCCCCACCUCCAUUUCACACGUACGGCGGCCGAGUAUAGGGUGCAUGGCGCGGCUUCCCGGUGGUUUCCCAACCCGCCGUCGUUGCCGCUCGUUUGACCUAUUUAGAGCCUGUGUUCUACACGUGCCCGUGUUGUUGUUUGGAGGGUUUUCCUUGGGAGGUCUGUGCCUGGUUCCCUAUUAUGUGUGCGCAAAUGCAUACGACUGUUAAGUUGUGCCGUUGAUGUUGCUACGCUUGGCUUGGCUUGGGAUGUGUUGAGGUUGUCCAUGUAAGGGGUUUUGAGGAGGGUUAUUUGCUGAGGAGGGCUGAUUGCUGUCAACGGCUGUCAAGGAUAGAAGCCUCUUUGGGCGGUUGGUGUGUAAUGUGAAAACUCCUUUUGGGUUGCGGGUUGGGGUUGUGAUGACCCGACGUCGGUCGACACUUGGCUCAGUUUGAUAAGUCGUGAGUCAUGUCUUGCUACAUAUUCCUUCCUUUGUCGUAAGGACUAAAACUGUAGCCGUAGUUGGUUGAACUAGGGUUGUGUUCGGUUGAUUGGAGCUCAAGCAAGUUAAAGAAAUGUUGUGGCCUAAAUUGAAGGUUAUUCAAUGGGCCUCUGUUGCGUGUACUUUGUAGGGGCCAAGGUGCGUGGCACGUGCCACUAGUAACCUAGUAAUGGUUUGCCACAAGAGGGGCAGGAAGGCCUCCUUCCUAUGUGGUUGGUUGUCGCAGCCAGCACACGACAUGUGCUCUACAGUCAAGACGUUCCCCUUUGCCAGACAUUUUACGCAAUGUCGUGUGCCCCAUAGCUGAAAAUGGUAAAACCUAUUCUAGUGGCAUAGCGCAUGCGUACGAAAAUAAGCCCGUUGCGGCAACAGUCACAGCUUUGUAACAAAAAAACGUGCAGAUC